AUGCCAUUAACCAAUUCACAUUCAGAAGCCACCACAACUGACAUCCUAAACCAUGCAGAUACUAUGAUCUCAGGUAAGAAGAGGCAGAGUUGGGUAGUUGGUUCGAUACUUUCUCUUGCAGGCUGCUUCUCGUGGUCUUCAUGGUUCCUCAUGCAAACUAAGAUUAGCAAAAAUUAUCCAUGUCAAUACUCUAGCACUGCCAUCAUGUCAAUCUCUGGUGCAAUCCAGUCAGCUGUCUUAAGUUUAAUCAUAAAAAGGAAUUUUGCCAUGUGGAUUCUGAAAACGAAAUUGGAGAUCAUAGGCGUCCUUUAUGCUGGGAUCAUAGGUUCAGGCUUGUGCUAUGUGGGGAUGUCAUGGUGCGUCAAACAAAGGGGUCCUGUAUUCACAUCUGCUUUCACCCCCUUCACACAGAUAUUUGCUGCUGCGUUUGAUUUCUUUAUCCUGCAUGAACAAAUCUAUCUUGGAAGUGUCCUGGGAUCAAUCCUAGUUAUGCUUGGUCUGUACAUUCUCCUAUGGGGUAAAAGCAAUGAAGCAGUGAACUGUGGUAAGAAGCAAGCCCAACUAGCCAAGGAAGAGGAAAACCGUGACACAGAAGCACAAAUAUCAGUAAUAAAUUCGAAGAGUAAUCCAUAA